GUUUGAUUCCAUAGUUCUGAAACACCCUGUAUGAAGAAUACAUGAAGCCUAUAUUAAUCAUAUACGAGCUUUCUAAUAAUAAUUGCUUUUUGAUAAAAUUAUUGGUGGGAUGAUUGCAAUCAUCAAGACAAAUUUGUGUAUAAAAAAGAGAACUGUACAAAAAAAUAAUGCAAUUGAUCUUAAUUCGCUAAACCUAUAAUCCGGUAUAAAUAUUUAUAAUAAAGUAAUAAUACUUGAUAAUAUAUUUGUGAUUAAUAUAAGAAUUUUUAUGUUAAAAUAAAGGGUUACUCUUCAAUUAAUUGAACAUAAUAACAAUAUUUCGGUUUUGAAAUAAAUUUCUUUCCAAAGUUGGAAAUAUGUUUUUAUUUUCUACAUGUUCAAUAGCAAAGUUUCAAUGCCAUAAGAAACUUAAACAAUAAUCAUCUAUAGACGUACAAGAAUGCAGCUGCUAUUUUAAAAGGCAGUCAUCAACACCAGUUUUCUCUUAACCUAUGGUUCGAACUCGUUGCAUACUAUUUCAUGGGCAUGGGCAUUUUUAUUCCCACCGAGGGCUACUGGAGAAUUUUAUCAACAUUUUCAUAUAAAUUGAAUUGCUCGUACAUUUAGAUCAUACUCCUUACCAGUUGAAAUUGCAAACGUACUUCUUCAACGCUUGUGCUCUACCUAAACUCAAUCUCCCGAGGUCUCCAAACCUAAACCUGUUUAAUUUUUUCCUUUGAGGUCACUUUAUACAUUCAGUUUAUAUAACCCUAGUAAGUGACUCCAGCAAUUGUGAACGCGGCAUUGCAUUAUCGCAUCCUGUGAAAUAACUAGGCUCACAUCCGAAAUAUUUGAAUGAGAUGCGUCGUAGGAUAGAGGGUUAUAUUGCUAUUUUCAACUACUGUUAUAACUAAUAUUGUACCGGAUGGUCAAUUAAAUAGCACUUCGCACUUGUAAGGUAGAGUCUGAUCUCUUUUAUAGGGUGGGCUUAUAUUUUUUUAUACAGAAUAAGUAUAGUCAAACUUUUGUAUUUUUCUCAUACAUUAAAAAAAAAUUACUAAGAACUCUUGUGACUAUUCUUAACAUAAAAAGCUUAAUCUGCCACACAUUUAUAAGAAGAAAAUUAGGUUAUUAUCUUGAGGACAAUGUUUGCGAUACGAACUAAGAUAUUUAACAUUUAUCUUCUCGUCAAACUAACGGAACAUUCAUCUCGUUUAAAACAAAGUUAAAAUGCCGUAUCAAAGACCACCAAAGCUAGUGCACCAAAACUCGAAGCUAAUAUUUGAACUUCUAGUUAACACCUCGAUGAAUAUUACAAGUACAGCCGAACUUAGACCAACUUGUCUUUUACUAAGGUAAAAUUAUAAAAAGUUUCGAGACGUAGACGAGUUAACUGUUCCUUUUGUUACAGCAUGUAUUAGGUUUGUGCCGGAAGUGCAAAGUUUAACUUCCUUAUGGAGAAGUCGUCGAUUAUUUUCACUUUAACUAUCAUACUCCAACUUCUAUGUUAUCUUGUUUUGGGCAACGAGGAACAUCAUAGGCAAAAAAGAUAUCUUUUAUUUCCCUUCCAAGGAACUUUUAAGACAGUAUACAGUUUCGCCAUACCAUGGAAAUUAGGUCCCAAACAGGAAAUGGGAGUAGGUUGGAACUUUCAGUUUCAAUAUCCACUUCCCUAUAAUACUACUUCUAUAUCCAGUUAUCCAUCUAUAAUUUCGCGGAAAAAUAGGGAUAAAAGGGAUUCAGAAUUACCUGAUGAUAAUGUUAGCGAUAGAGCGAUAUUUUAUCAGGGUGUUGAAAAUUUACUUGACAGGCAAGAUCUUAAUGGAAAAGAGUGUGUAUUAAAAGCCAUUUGUGAGAAUACUGCAUACACACAUUUUGCCGAUGAAGGAAGUCUACUGGGCCAAAUAUUACACGUUUUUCUUACACCAGAUAAUGGAGAUGGUCCACAUCCCGCUCUAGAUCCCUCAUAUGCUGAUGCUCAGAAAUCUGGAGAGUAUGGAGCAGAUUGCGCAACAGCUUAUCCUAACUGUAAAAUGAACUGGAAUUUUUUUGAUAUGUUUUCUAUCUAUGGAAAAUAAAAUAUUAAUUUAGCAAAA